UUGGAGGGAGAGGUCAGACGCUUCCGUUCGCUCGCUCUCUCUCCAUCCCGAGGAGGGAGAACAACGCUUUGGUGAGAUUAGAUUUUUUUUUGGCCGACCUACUUAGAAUUGAGUUCGAAUUUUAGAAUUAAUUCCUCUGUUUUCGGUGUUUAUUGCUAUCUUACGGGUGAAGAUUUAUUAUCUGAUAAACUUGACUUUUUUUCCCCUUCGCUAAUGCACAAUAAACUUUAAAAAUGGAUUGGUGACGUGCCGCCGGCUGACGCGACCAAGCAAGUUUCUGGAAACUUUCUUAUCCCUGAUUUGAAGGGAUUGCUCUCACUCACGAUCCUACCUACGGUACAGCAUACUGACGUAGGAAGGUGUUGAGCGUCCCUCGCCGAGGGGGGCGAAAAGGCAGACCGGAGCACUUCACUCCAAUUGGUCCUCGUCUGUUGUCCUUUGGGAACAAAACUACUGCACAGAAAAUGCCAGGAAUAAGUCACGUGAAGAACAUCAUUAUGGACAACAUGGCGUGGAGGACCGUCUUCAAAAUCCUCGUGGUCCUGACAGUUGUGCUACUUGUUGCGGUAGAAACUUCUGGGAUUAAAAGAGACGCCCCUUUAACGCAUCCUUCACCAUGGGAGUCCCAAGUCACAGAAUGCCGAGGGCAGCAGCGCAGCCUCCUGCGAAGACUCAGAUACACGAGCGACCCCCUCAGCUAUGCCUUUCACGACGACGACGAGAUCGUCGAGGGCAGGAAGAUCUACAAGAAUCCAAGAAACGCCCCUUCGGAAUCCUGCCCCAGGGACGAGGAAGCCAUCAUAAGAACGGGAAGGACGUGCCUCAGAAAGUGCAGCGCAGAUGCAGACUGCCUCAGCCGGAAGAAAGUGUGCCUCUGCGAUGGCAUCUGCGGGCUGAGUUGCAUCAAACCAGAUAAAGAAUGCGGUGAACUCGAUAAUCCGAUGUUCGGCAACGUAGAUGUCAAGUCUAGAGUGGUCGGGUCGAAAGCCCAGUACAGAUGUCAAGAGGGAUAUCAUUUGAUUGGCCAGGAGGAGAGGCAGUGCCAAGCCAAUGGGAUCUGGACCGCGACGCCUCCUGAGUGCAGAGAAAAUUUGUACUGUACGGACCCUCCUGUGUUCCCUAAUGCCCGCCACAACGGCCUGACAGGUCAGACGCGCUUCGAGGUCAACAAGACGCUCACUUACUCCUGCUACGAAGGCUACAUCACGACCGGUUUCGACAGGGCCAAAUGCCUCCUCUACAACAACACUAUGCAGUGGUUCGGUCCAGAAAUUCAUUGUGAACCCAAGAUCUGCGGCGACCCGGGCGAAAUCCCGAACGGCUUCAAGGAAGGGUCUUGUUUUGCUUUUUCUUGCCGGGUCACUUACCACUGCCGGCCCGGGUUCGAGUUGGUCGGGAGGAACACUUACUAUUGUCAGCACGACGGAACCUGGAACCCGAAGGAGCUGCCUACCUGUAACCCUGUCCAGUGCGAAAUCCCGGAGAAUCCAGAGAGCGGGAAGGCCAUCUUCAUAGCAGUGUCCUACAACGCCGUCGUCUCCUACGAGUGCAACUACAGCUACAUGAUCGUCGGUUCCUCCACCAGGAGAUGUGGCCCCGAUAAGAAGUGGAGCGGAGUCCAGCCCCAGUGUAAACAGAUCAACUGCGGUUCACCUGGCGUCCUGUACAACGGAUGGCUCGAUGGCUCGCGCACAACAUUUGGUGCCAUUAUCACCUUUCGAUGUAACGACAACAUGAAGUACGAGGGACAUAAAGAUCAGCGCACGACUUGUCAGCAGAAUGGUACCUGGUCACAUCCCCUUCCUAAGUGCUUCGCUCCGUGUAUCGUCCCAAGCAUCGAAUACGGAGUCAUAAAGAACAAGACACGAACGGGUGCUCAGGUUCCUCACGGGACCGUCAUAGACGUCCAGUGCAAUGAAAAGUACGAAUUGACCUACAGCCUGGCGCCCUCCAUUUGUUACAACGGCACCUGGACCCAUUAUCCCAGAUGCCAGGCUGCCCGUUGCAAGAAACUUCCUAGGCGUCCUCGCCAUGGAAUGGUCAUAGCGCCCAGGACAGACCACGGCAUGAGAGCCAGGUACAGAUGCAAAGACGGAUACAAACUGGAAGGUCCGACGACCACCGAAUGUGAAUAUGGAAACUGGACCGGAACGACGCCUAAGUGCAGAGAAGUGUAUUGUCCGUUUCCGGGAGAGCUUCCAAAUGGACGUGUUUUACUUGUGGGGAAUAUGGGCAUGUAUGACUAUCCAUACGUGAAGAGGGUCCGCAACAAUCGCCAGAUUAGAUUCGCCUGCAAUAAAGGUUUCUUGAUUGUUUCUGGACCACCUGGCGCCACCUGUGUUGCUGGCAGAUGGAGUCCGAAUGAGUUACCAAGGUGUGAACCAGACCUCCAUCCUAGAAUCCACUGGAUAAAGAGAUCUGUGAACAUCUCUGAAUAUGAAGAAGGAAUAAACCAAACGACGCUGGAGUACCCGUUGCCCAUCAGCAGUAACAGCAGCAGUAUCAGUAUCAGUAGUAGUAUUAGUAGUAGUAGUAGCAGUAGCAGUAGUAGUGGUGGUAGCGGUGCUGUGGAAGACGUGACUGAAGACCUAGGAGAACAUGGCUCCCCUGGUACUGAGGACACUGAUGGUGACGACGAGGAGGAAGAUGAAAUGGCAGAAGCGGUGGCUGAAGAAAAAGACGAAACACUGACUGAUGAGGAACUCGAGGAUGAAAUCAUCAACGAAAACGAGAGGCCCAUCGGUUGGUCUAUGAUUCCUUCCUCUACCACAAGCACAAGAACCACUGCAACUGUUGGUACUGCCAGUUCACAAACCCUGAAGCCCGAAGCUACAUCUUUUAUUUCCCAGUCCCUGCAUAUCCGUAAGAUUCUACCACCCACUGAUUCGUCUUCGACUUCCUCGCAUUCUUCUUCUUCUCCUUCUUCGCCCUUCCAUUCUUCUUCUCCUUCUUCGCCCUUCCAUUCUUCUUCUUCUUCUUCUUCUCCGCCCCCUCCUCCUGCAUUGCAUUCCUCUGAUGCCGUAACUGAAGACCACAGUACAUCAGCACCCAUUGCGGAGAUUCCUCCCGAUUUGCGUCAUCCUGUGGACAGGGGACGUCAUGAUCACCUCUCGAAUGCAAAUAAGAACGCCCUCAAUCUUAGCAAGAGACUGAGAGGACCGCUUGUUGAUUUCUACCGACUCCUUCGUAUAGAAAAUAGUCCCCAUGAAUUUGAAAAGUCGGGAAGAUGGCCUUCAUUGAAAAGGGUACCAAGAAAUGCCAUUGACGAAAAGAAGAAAGAGAAAAAGGAUAAAAAGCACAAAAGGAGAAACAAGUGGAAAAAGAAGGGAAAGAAUGUACCCCAUUGCUCCGACAUCCCCAUAGAACAGUACCUACGAGUUGAGGUCCUCAGACCUGGUCGGGACGACAACUACACUUACUCCGCGGGAGCCCGAGUGAAAGUGACCUGCCUCCAUGGAUACGGCCUCAACAUUGGCAACAGAACGGCGAAAUGCGCCAAGGGUAAAUGGAAGCCCAUGAAACCAGAAUGCAUCACACUGCCCUGUUCGGUACCUGAAGCUUCCCAUGGCCAGUUCGAAUUCAACGGAGCUCCUAUAGCCGAGAAAGCUAUCGUUAGUCAUGGCGAAGUGGUCAAGUUCUCCUGUCAAAGUGGGUACAACGUCCUUGGCUCUGAGACUAUGAGAUGCUGGUACGGAGCCUGGGCAGUCACUGGCAAGAAUCCGGAAUGCCAACCAGAUCCUUGUGUAUUGCCUGAAUUGAAUCACGGUAAGUAUACGUUUGGCUACAAGAAAGGUCUGACGAUCAUUCAUGGAGCUAAGGUGGAUUACACGUGUGACGAAGGAUGGUUCCUCAACGUGACCGAAGUCUCCUGCUACUUGGGCGUCCUCAGACCUGCGCCCCCAGCUUGCGUUGUCCCUGGUCAAGCCACCGACAUCAUUAACAACAGCGAACCAGCGCCGGUCAAACGAGGAGGAAGCAACGCAUCCUAUAACGACGGUGACUUGACUCCAGGAGGAGAUAUUACUAUCGUCGACCAUUCUCUUCACAAGAAGCCCUGCCGUCCUCCGACUCCCGUGCCCGGAGCCACCAUAUUCAAGAACGGACACACCCUGGCCGAAGGAGAAGGGGAUGAAACAUUCCCUGACGGCACGAAAGUCGUGUUCAGUUGCAGCACGAACAACAUUGGCGAAAAGAACACCUGGGACAUGAAAUGCGUCGAUGGCAACUGGGAGGGACUGAGGUUUCCCAAUUCCUGCGGGGCUGACGGUGCUGACGAGGAAGAGAAUUUCGGAAACAGGACCUGUCUGUGGAGGAAAACCGAGCCCAAUGUCGUGACCUUUUACAACGACCAAGAGAUCACUGAGGAGAUGGUCGAGUUCGAACCCGGAGCGCAGCUGGUCUCACGCUGCGUAGACAUAGGAAAAUACGCUUUGGUGGGAGAUACCCACCGAAGAUGCCUGAACUCUGGCGCCGAAACUUUGGCUGCACGGUCUCCCGAGGGAGAGCGUACACUCGGGAUCUCCCGCGACGAGAGACCGAGCGGAACCUGGCGUAGCGGCAUCGCCGCUAGCACCAGGCGAGAAGUAGUACCAGAGCUAACCGAUACUCUGGUCCCCGUCAUAUCUCUUCUUACGGAAGGGGAGAAGGGCCCCGCUCCCGAAGGAGCAGGAGGACCAGCAGAAGGACCCCCCGUCCCACGAGUCAUGGCUUCUAGGAGACAAAGAGGUCUGAGUGCGGCCGAAAUCAAGAACCUCAUAGAUGCUUUUGAAAGCGACUUUGAGGAUGAAGUGGAGGACACAAGUCAGACAUUAGAGGAAGAGGAAUCUGGCAAGGAAGAUAAUCCUAUUAUCUUCUCCCUGGGGUACGAGGACGCCGGCGAUGGGGCGGAGGCAUCAGUGGUUACUGGGACAGUACCCAUUGUGACCACAACAACACCAACAACAACAACAACACCGAGUACAUCCGCCUCACCCACACCUGGUCCGUCAACCUCUCGGCCUGCCGACGAACUCUCCCCGGUCGAACUUAGAAGCAGGAGGAGGAGGGGUCCCCUCCGACCCGCCCGGGGAGCUCCUAUUCACCGCAUUGGCCCUGAGGUUGUCAGAGCACGUGAUGGGACCGAGUGGCAAAGAGAUCCCAAUGCCGCCCUACACCCCAUCUCCACGCCGCGGAUUGAAGCUGGGGGUCCCACCGAUGUCGUUGCUGGAGUGGAGAGAGUGAGCGACAUAUUCUCGCUCUUUCUGGAAGAUGUUAUGUUGACAGAGAUUGUCUUUCGAACCAAUGAUAAACUUGACCUUUUGAGGGUUAAAUAUCGUGGCAGAGGCAAUGUUUAUAUUGCUCUUCGUGACAUGGACCUGAGAGAGCUAAAGGCAUUCAUUGGGAUCCUGAUAAUGUCUGCCGUAAGAUCGGACAAUCACACCCCCACAAGCGACAUGUGGGAUCUCACAGAGUGCAAUCCAAUAUACCGCUGUACAAUGGGGGAGCGUCGUUUCGCCCUACUAUCGAGGGUGAUUCGUUUUGACAAUUCUGCCACCAGAGACGAACGAAUGAGGACAGAUCGCCUUGCCCCCAUUCGCAAAGUGUUCGAUCACGUGGUGUCUAAUUGUCAAAAGAAUUAUUCUCCUGGGCCUCAUCUCACUGUGGACGAGCAGCUUAUUGCGUCAGAUUUCAAACUUUCUGGAAGCAUUCGUGCCAAAUACGUUUUUGUCAUCUACCCUGUCCAGCUUCCGUACGGCAUCAAGCUUGUGUUGGCGUGUGAUGCCGAUACGCAUUACAUGUGUAAUGCGAUUGUUUAUUUGGGGAAGGCCACAGUCAGAGUGCCGAGAGGACAGACGUUGGGAGAAGUUUUCACUACGGAGCUUGUGCGACCUUUUCGCCGAAAGGGUCGCACAUUGACGACUGAUAACUUUUUUACAACAUUAUCUCUUGCCUCAUCACUCUCUGAUGAUGGCAUGUAUUUGUGUGGCACCAUUCCCCCUAAACCUUACAUUCCUAAGGAAGUUCAUGAGUGUGUGCUUCCCGUCAAGGACUCAGUGGCCGUGUUCAAUUACGAACACAAUUUGACUCUCCAGUGUCAGCAAGUCAGCAGGACAAAGAAGGUGAUGCUGUUGAGUUCCCUGCAAUAUGAUCCGUCUGAAAUCGAAAGACUUAAGACAGAUAUUCAGAUGUUUUAUAAUGCAACAAAAGGGGGUGUAGACACAUUCGAUCAGUUGUGUUCUACAGCAAAUUGUAUUCGUAAGACACGACGCUGGCCCCUUUGUCUUUUUUACGGGAUAUUGAACAUAAUUAUGGUUAAUUCUUUUAUUCUGUAUUCGUCCAUGCCAUCAUCAAAGUUGAGUAGGCGAGGGUUCCUCAAGGAGCUCGCCAUGGAAUUGUGUACUCCCCAAGUAAGUCAUCGGUACUAUACGUUGACCAACUUGUCAAAGCCCUUGCGCGUUCUGAUGGCAGAUACGUAUGGGCUGGCUGACACGCAGCAGCAGCAGGGACAUCUUCCUGCCAUUGGCCAUGUCAAGCUGCGCAAGCGUGUUCGCUGCCAAAGUUGCCCAUCUAGACAAGACCACAAGACGAAUACAGCAUGUUUGCGAUGCAACGGGCCCGUCUGCCUACAGCAUCAAACUGUCUUGUGUCCGAAGUGUGUGCCUCGUAGCAAAUUUGGCCGUCGCACUUGUCGUGGGUGGGGGCCAUAUACUGUGGUAGAUGUGGCCGUCGGAGUAAGCGUCGGUUGCGGCCAUUUUGUUGGCAGAUCCGAAAAGAAAGCAUGUGUAGAUCUCCCACCUUCACGCAUGCAACUUGCCUCAGACCGAGCCAGAAGAGAACAUGCAGAUGGGACAGGAAGCACAGUAUGGGAGGACGGAGCAAGAGAGAUUCUGUGGUUCAUGGGGAAUAUUUCUCGCUUGACAACACUGGUGAACACUUCUUGGUCUUCUCCAAAUCUUGCCAAGCUCUUCCACUGCAAUGGAGACUGCCUGAUUACUCCUUGCAAUCAAGCUGACGAUAGAGCGAGCUCCUCGAAGGACGAAUCCGGAGCUGCAGGUGUAGGUGAUGUUGUCGUUGAUGGGGUAGUAGAACUUGAUGGAGCUCAUGGUUCCGGAGAUGAUGGUCCCCGGGUUGAGUUCAAAUUUGAUUUCAAAUUAAUUGUUGAGUUCAAAUUUGAGUUCAAAUUUGAGGUCGAGUUCAUGCAGAUCAGUGCUGUCAAGGCUUCUCUCACCCAAGACCAUUUUGAUAUAAUCGACGUGUACAUUUGUGAAGAGACUCCUCCCUUCCAAGUUAUCAAAGGAAAGAAGAAGAGGAGGAAGAACAAGAUGAAGGGAGGCGAAGGUGCAGGCAAAGCGAAGAAUGUUGGCUCCAUGGUGCCAUACCCUAACGGGUGGGCCAAUGCCCCCAACAGAGACAUGCAGCUAGAAUACCGACUGUCCAUCUAUAAAGCAGCUGAGAAAGAUUCCGGCGCCUACGCGUGCGUCACGCCCACUGGUCUGAAACACACCGUCACUCUUAAUAUCAAAGCCGUCAUCUGCAAACCCGUAGACGAGCUGAAGAAGCCGGAGGAAACGAAUCUCAAGUACGAGCCGACAGACGAGCGGAUGAACACUAUAGUCCAAUUCAGGUGUGAACCGGGUUCGUCGCUCGUGGGAUCGCCGAGUAUAAAAUGUUUACCGUCUGCAAACUGGUCAGCUCCGGUCCCGCGAUGCGAAAAGGCUAAAUGUGCGCCUUCCUAUACGCCGGAGAAUGGCAUGUUAUCGGGGGAAAGGACCUACCAUUCUGGAGACGUUGUUGAAGUGAAGUGCAAUUCGAACUACAUGAUGGAAGGGCAGCCGAUGAUGGUCUGUCAAGAAGAUGGCCAGUGGUCAGAUGAAGUCCCCAAGUGUUCCUUGGCGUGCACUUACCCGGGGACCAUCAUCUCCGGAACCAUGAGCUCCAUCAAGUUCUACUACCCCAUCAACGACAACAUCACCUACACCUGCAGCUACGGAUUCGUCCUUCGAGGAGCUCGCUCUAUCGUCUGCAAAGAAGGAGGACAGUGGUCAGCGCCCGUGCCCUUCUGCAUGCCCCGUCAGCCUUGAAGGGUACUUCAGCAGCAGCGCUUAAGCAUCGAGAUAUUGUCUUUAGAGAGCCAUUACGAGUCCACCCAUAACAGAUGUGCGACUGAAAAUCCGCAAAGUAAUCAUCUUCUCCUGAGGACAGAAAUCUUGCCGCUACAAGUGAUAUGGGCCUUUGAUUCUUCGUCAUGCUUCAGUAUUACCAGCUUGCUAGAAUGGAAGAAUACUUGAUCAGUAUGUUGCAGUACAGUAUGAGGACAGCUGGAAAUAGUAAUGCUAGUUCUUAAGCAAAGAGUUUUAGAAUACCAUCUUGAAAUCACUGCAGGGAAUGGAUUGUUUUCUAACAUUUCUUUAGAGACUCGCCUUCUGAACUAAGGAAGUAAAAUAUUCUU